UCGUGAACGCGCAAGAGCAGCAAUGGCCGCUGUGGAUCGGCGGAAUCCUAAUCUCGACGACUUUGUCGGAUUAAACUGGAGUUGUUGGGUAGAUGGAGUAAAUAUUUUACCAUCUGACGCUGACUCCAAUGCUGAAGGCAGCAGCAAAUAUUGGUCGACUCGCUGUGAAUCAAUGACCCUCAUGAAAGAAGAUAUGCACAUAUAUGGCCAUUGCCCUGCUCAUGAUGAGGUAUACCUAGUAGUGUGCAGUUACUGUGGGCAGGUGGUGAAGCCUCAGGCUUUUGAGAAGCACUGCGAGAGGCGACAUGGUCCUCUUCCUAAGAUCUGCAGCCCUUCACCUGCUGUUGCCUCUCAGUGGCAGCCUUGCCCUUCCUCGAAUCUCCACAUUUCUAGAGAAAAGCAGAAAGAUGGCAGAAUUCAGGGCGACAGUACCACCUCCUCAGCAGGUUUACCUGCUCACAAGCACAGGCUUACAAAGGACACAGUGAGUUUUUCUUCCAUGGAGAAGUUACCUCAAGAGACCCCUCCUCCUCACUCACUUAAGUCCUCCUCCACGCUGCCUCACCCCAGGGUUCCCCCCUGGCACUCAGGACCCCUGCCUCAUGGCCACUGUUCCUCCUCCACAUCUGUGCCUGAGAGACCCAUUGCACAGAAGCCCACAGCUGGUGAGUCCAGUCAGUGUCAGAGUCCUCUGCGGGGAACAAGAACCUACAGUCGGAUUAACAAAAAUAUUGAUGAGAAAGAAUGUGACCUGAACAAACACAGCAGAGCUCUGGAUCCAAAGAGGAAGAAGCUGUGCAGCCGGGAGCUUAUAUGCAAUACUGAUUCCAUCCAACAGCAGCAGAAGGCAUUAGGAAAGACUAAGACCUUUGAUCAGCUGGAAGCAGAGCCUAAAACAGGCUCAGCAGGGCGAAAUAUUGAGCAACUUCCUGUAAAAACAAAAGAAAAAACACAGCAUUCAGAGGCUUUUGAAGACAACAUAAAAACUCAGAGCAAUAAAUGCAACCUGAAGAGCAGCUGUCAUAUUCUCAGGUCCAGGGAUACAUCGGUAAGCUUUGCAGAGGAAGAUGGUGACAGCACGGUGGAGGUGGAAGUGCAGCCUCCAUAUCCUUUCAACCAGACUCUGCUCUCAAGCGAUGAAGAUGAAGAUGAAGAUGAACAGGAGGAGGCUGAAGACCUGCCAGCCACACCCCUGCACCCCAAACCUCUAGGGCUUUGUACUUUUGGAUGCCGCACGUUCGGCUGCAGCAUCUUCACCUUCGACCGGCGGUGGCACCACCUGCGGUUUGCCCUCAGUGCCAUGUUUGAGCACCAUGUCGGCACACACUUGUGGAAGAAAAUGGCACAAGUACCAAAAGGUCUCAGGUCACAUCAUAAUACCCCUCAAAUCUCUGGAUCACCCAUCAGGACAGGAGCCAGACUUCCCAAAUCUUUCCAUACCCUCAACCUUGAUUCUACCUCAUUUGGACAACAGGAAGCAAAACUCAGUCAGAGCUAUGCUCACAGUAAGAAACAACCUUCCUCCAAUUCCCCCGCAAGCCUCAGUCCUGGACGACCCUGCAGCAAUGCUGUGAGGCGACCCAACAGGUCUCAGCUGAAGGAGGCGGAGCUUCUGCAUGAUGCAAACAGCGAGGACAAAUCCUUCAUACACAUCAGAGAUCCCCUCUUUCAUGAGAAGGGUCAGCCACAUGCCCCUUCCUCUGAUGGACCAUUAAACAGGUCCUUCCCCUUCAGACAGAACUUGUGUCCUCCUCAGCAGACAGUAAUGGAAAGUGGCCGCACUGGUCACGCCCAAAAGAGAAAAAGCAGAAAUGAGUCGAUGCCACUCAGUUCAUCAGCAACAACAACCUCUAAAUAUAAACGCUUGUCCCCCCCGUCCUGUUCCAAACUCCUGGCCUGGAAGUGAGAGAUUAACGGCGAUGCUCACACAGAGCCAAAGGGAAAUAUCCAACACCCAAACAGUACAAAGACCAGCAGACAACAGCAAAAUAUAGAGCGUACUAUCAAUGAUUUUACUGAUUCUGCUAUUCCACCCCAUCAUGAGAUAAUGGUUCUUAACCUUCACUUGUUUCUUUGUUUUUGUUUUGUAACAGCAGUAAAUGAAUGAGAGUUGUUGUUGGCCCCUCAUCUUCACAGUUUAUUAAAAGGCCAGCCUUAAAAAGACAUCAUAGAGAAGAGGCCAUCUGCAUCAUGCAGCUGUUCCGUGUGUGUGUGCGUUGUAUGUUUGGGUUCACAUUCAAUCAUGUUUUCAUGAUGUCAUGCACAGACAUAAGGAAGAAGUAUUUCUCUGUUACUGUAUUGUUUUUAAAUGGCUUAUUUUUCUACUUGACAAAAUGUCUCAGUUAAUAUACAGCCUGUGUAAAGAAAGAAAAAAUACCUCAAUAUUCUUUUGUGCUGCUAAAAUGGAAGUAAUUUUUUGAAGAAAUAAUAAAAAAAACAUUG